GUGACGUCAUCUCCGUGAGCCGGGUCGGCCCUGAAGCCCGGUGGGACCCGGAGCGCUGGGUCGGCGAGCCCGGCGGCCCGAGCAGGGAGGGCAGUGAGUCUGUCACGCCCCUUCUCCGCGUCUGGGUGGGACCUGACGCCCCGAGCGGGGUCUUCCACUGGCGCCCGGCGGGGCCCGGGCAUCCGCGGCCGCCCUCUGUCUCCUCAGUCCCGGCGCUCCGCCCGUUUUGUGCGCAUUCCUCUCUGGGGAAGCUGAGGCUCUGAGUGCGAAAGUCAGCCGAGGUCGCCCCGCCCAGGACAGAGGAGGGCUGGGGUCGGCUGAGCCGCGGCCUUGCCGGGCCCCCGCCAGGGCUGCAGGCUCCCAGGAUGGCAGGCUUGGCGCAGGUGUCUGUGACCUUUGAGGAUGUGGCUGUUACAUUCACCCAGGAGGAGUGGGGACAGUUGGAUGCCACCCAGAGAACCUUGUAUCAGGAGGUGAUGCUGGAGACCUGUGGGCUUCUAGUGUCUCUGGGCUGUCCUUUGUCCAAACCAGAGUUGAUCUGCCCGUUGGAUCACAGACAGGAGCUAUGGAUGGGUAAGGAAGACCUCUCCCAAAGCUCUUAUCCAGGUGACAGCACAAAGCCCAAGACCACAGAGCCUACUUUUUCUCACCUGACCUUGCCUGAGGAAGUGUUACUCCAGAAUCAACUGACACAGGAAGCCCCAAAGGACUCCCAAUUAGGGCAAGCCAAGGAUCAGGAUGGGACAUCUGAAAUGCAGGAAGUUCGCUUGAAAGUAGGGAUAGACCCCCAGAGGGAGAAGCUCCUGGAGAAAAUGAGUUCUGAACAUGGUGGUUUGGGGUCAGAUGAUGGUGUAUGUUCAAGGAUUAUACAAAAACAAGUUUCAACAGAAGACGAUCUCUAUGAAUGUGAUUCACACGGACCAGUUACAGAUUCCUUGAUUUACGAAGGGAAAAAUUCCUGUAAAUGUGAGGAAUGCGGGAGAGUGUUUAAAAAGAAUUCCCUCCUUGUUCAACACGAACGGAUUCACACUCGAGUGAAGCCUUAUGAAUGUACAGAGUGUGGAAAAACCUUUAGCAGGAGCACUCAUCUUCUUCAGCACCACAUCAUCCACACUGGGGAGAAGCCCUAUAAGUGCAUGGAGUGUGGGAAGGCCUUCAACCGCAGCUCACACCUCACACGGCACCAGCGGAUUCACACCGGAGAGAAGCCUUACAAGUGCAGUGAAUGCGGAAAGGCCUUCACCCACCGCUCCACUUUUGUCUUGCAUAACAGGAGCCACACUGGAGAAAAACCCUUUGUGUGCAAAGAGUGUGGCAAAGCCUUUCGAGAUAGGCCGGGUUUCAUUCGACACUACAUCAUCCACACGGGAGAGAAGCCCUAUGAGUGCAUUGAAUGUGGGAAGGCCUUCAACCGCAGGUCAUACCUCACAUGGCACCAGCAGAUUCACACUGGAGUGAAACCCUUUGAAUGCAGUGAGUGCGGAAAAGCCUUUUGCGAGAGUGCAGACCUCAUUCAACACUACAUUAUCCACACUGGGGAGAAGCCCUAUAAGUGCAUGGAGUGUGGAAAGGCCUUCAACCGUAGGUCACACCUCAAGCAGCACCAGCGGAUUCAUACUGGGGAGAAGCCUUAUGAAUGCAGUGAAUGUGGAAAGGCCUUUACACACUACUCCACUUUUGUCUUGCAUAAAAGGACCCACACUGGAGAAAAACCCUAUGAAUGCAAAGAAUGUGGAAAAGCCUUUAGUGAUAGGGCAGACCUCAUUCGACACUUCAGUAUCCACACUGGAGAGAAGCCCUAUGAGUGUGUGGAGUGUGGGAAGGCCUUCAGUCGCAGCUCACACCUUACGAGGCACCAACAGAUUCACACUGGAGAGAAACCCUAUGAAUGUAUCCAGUGUGGCAAAGCCUUUUGCCGGAGUGCAAACCUUAUUCGACACUCCAUCAUUCACACUGGAGAGAAGCCGUAUGAGUGCAGUGAAUGUGGAAAGGCUUUUAAUCGCAGCUCGUCCCUCACACAUCAUCAAAGGAUUCAUACUGGGAGAAACCCUACCAUUGUGACAGAUGUGGGAAGACCUUUCAUGACUGCGCAGACUUCAGUCAACAUCCACAAACUCCUAUUAGGGAAAGAGUUUUUGAAUAUCACCACUGAAGAAAAUCUUUGGUGAAAGAAAACAUCUUACCAUCUGGCCAUUCCUACUGGAGAGAAACUUCAUAAGCAUCCUCUCUUUGAGAAAGCCUGCCAUAGAUUAUCAUUUGUCAUCUAAACAAUCAUGUUAGAAAUUGAACCAGCCUAGAGUCUUAUUCUCCAUCUGAGAAUUCAGCCAUGAGAGAGACCCAGUGGUUACUAUGCACUUAGGAAAAUCUUCAGUCACAUCUUUCUUCUUAGUUUAUAGGGAAAUGUUAUCUCAGGGAUUUUU